UAUGUGCUACCGAUAACUUCGACGAUUUUUCGAAGGCUCGAUUGCUCGAUUGCUCGAAAGAUACUUGACGUACACACGGCGUGUAUGUGUGUGUACGGUCUGGUGAUAUUCCGUUAAUUUAGGCUUCCACAGUAAAUUGUAAUUAAGUAUAUAUUUGAUUGACGGUGAAUUUCAAUGGCUCUACAAGUGGCAGAUUGUCUUUUCUGUAAAAUUAUUAGAAAUGAAGAAUCUAGUGAAAAAAUUUAUGAGGAUGAAGAUGUUACGUGUAUUAAGGACAUUAAUCCAGCUUCCACGCAUCAUUAUUUGAUAUUACCGAAUAAACAUGUACGCAAUGCGAAAACGCUUAAACCAGAAGACUCUGAACUUUUUGAUAAGAUCAUUGCUACUGUAGAUAUUAUCUCCGAAAAGUUCGGUCUUGAUCCUGCAUCUACACGAACAGGAUUUCAUUGGCCGCCAUUUAAUACUAUUAAUCAUUUGCAUUUACAUGUUAUCUCGCCAGUAGAGAAAAUGAAUACUUUGAAAAAAAUAAUGUUCAGUCACAAUACAUAUUGGUUUGUAAGUACAAACUAUGUGAAAUCUCGCUUGAAUAAUUCUAAACUAUAAAGUAUUAUAGUUUUAUUUAUUAUUUGUUUUCUGGGUUACUAGUUAAAAAUCUUAACAUAAUUUAUAAUCAAUUUAUAAUUUAUAAUCAAUGAAGCAUUUGGUGUAAACAUGGAGAUAGAAUUAUUUAUUUAGUAUGGGAUUUUACAAAGAUUAUGUUUAUUGAAAAUUAAGUGAGAUGAUAUUAUAUUUUUAUGUUUAUAUAUUUAUGUAAAAUUUAUGGAAAAUAUAUAUAUUUUAUCAAUUAUAAUUAAAGGAUGUACAUUUAUAAAUUGUUUUUAUAAGAGAAUGGAUUCAUAUGAUUUGCUCAAAAAAUCUUUAAUCAUC